AGCACUUCCUUUUUUCUCUGAGGAGUCUGCAGCAGUGAGCAGCUGUUGGAUCAGAUAGCAAUCCAGCACUGCAGAACCAGUAUUUAUUUGUUGGUAUUUUUAUAACUAGUUGUUUUUGCUGAUGGGGGAGAGCUUGAUUGCAGAUCCGGGAGCAAGGGCACACCCUGCUCCCUGGUGGAAACCAGAACAUUCUGCAACUCCAGGGAAGACAUUUCACAGUGCUGGCCUCCACAAAAGAAGAGAUGCACCAAGUGCUCAGCCUUUGAACAUCCUGUACGCCUUCCUUCCUUUGCUUGGAUGGGUGCUACUGACAUCUUAUCUUCAUCACCAAAAAUAGGAAAGUGAGUCAGACAAUAGCUGUGAUAUCAGCAGUUGCCAGUCAACCACCCAGUCCUUUCUGGAUUGGCAGUUAAAAGAACUUGAGCACCAACAAAAUAUCCUGGCCUGAAUCAGCUGUCUCUUGAACUUUCCUUGGGACUAAAAAAACCAGCAUUGAUGCCAUUUAUAUAAGAAACAUAGUGUUUUGACAGAAAGAGAAGAAAAUAGAAUUCAUAUUGUGAACACUUCUCUUGGGACUAACAUGACAAAAGAAGGUCAAUUCCAGGCUGUAGCAGCACUACAAGGCACCACUGUUGCAUCUGUAACAGCGAAUAAUGGCACAGAACCAGCGAUUCCUGGAGGAGGGGGGAAAGAAGAUGCCUUUUCCAAGCUAAAGGAGAAAUUUAUGAAUGAACUGAACAAAAUUCCAUUGCCACCUUGGGCCUUAAUAGCCAUAGCCAUAGUUGCAGUCCUAUUAAUCCUUACCUGCUGUUUUUGUCUCUGUAAGAAAUGCUUGUUCAAAAAGAAAAACAAGAAGAAGGGAAAGGAGAAGGGUGGAAAGAAUGCAAUUAACAUGAAAGAUGUAAAAGAUUUAGGAAAGAACCUGAAAGAUCAGGCCCUUAAGGAUGAUGAUGCUGAAACUGGAUUGACUGAUGGGGAAGAUAAAGAAGAACCCAAAGAAAAUGAGAAAUUAGGAAAAAUUCAGUACUCUUUGGAUUAUGAUUUCCAGAACAACCAGCUUUUGGUGGGAAUUAUUCAGGCUGCUGAACUGCCUGCACUAGAUAUGGGUGGUACAUCUGAUCCCUAUGUGAAAGUGUACCUGCUUCCAGAUAAGAAGAAAAAAUAUGAAACAAAAGUUCACAGGAAGACCCUUAACCCUGUCUUCAACGAGCAAUUUACAUUCAAGGUGCCGUAUUCUGAACUGGGAGGAAAAACCUUAGUUAUGUCAGUAUAUGACUUUGAUCGCUUCUCCAAACAUGAUGUAAUUGGGGAGUACAAGGUGGCAAUGAAUACGGUGGAUUUUGGUCAUGUGACUGAAGAAUGGCGGGACUUGCAAAGUGCUGAAAAAGAAGAGCAAGAGAAGCUUGGGGACAUCUGCUUCUCUCUCCGCUAUGUGCCUACUGCUGGCAAGCUGACUGUUGUUAUCUUGGAAGCAAAGAAUCUGAAGAAGAUGGACGUGGGAGGCUUAUCAGAUCCCUAUGUGAAAAUUCAUCUGAUGCAGAAUGGCAAACGGCUGAAAAAGAAGAAGACAACAAUUAAGAAGAAUACUCUGAAUCCCUAUUACAAUGAGUCUUUCAGCUUUGAAGUACCAUUCGAGCAAAUCCAGAAAGUGCAAGUUGUUGUGACUGUUUUGGACUAUGACAAGAUUGGCAAGAAUGAUGCCAUUGGCAAAGUGUUUGUGGGCUACAACAGCACUGGUGCAGAGCUGCGACAUUGGUCAGACAUGUUGGCUAACCCAAGGCGACCCAUUGCACAGUGGCACACCUUACAGCAAGAGGAAGAGGUAGACGCUAUGCUUGCAGUCAAGAAAUAGAAGGAAAAGGAAAUGAGAGAAGCCUUUCUGCAUUUGCCCAUAUAGUGCUCUUUAGCCAGUAUCUGUAAAUACCUCAGUAAUAUGGGUCCUUUUCUUUCCAGCCAUGCAUUCCUAACACAGAUCAGUGGUACUUCAAAUCUUGUUUUAAUUUGCACAGUUUUAAAUGUAGAAAGCCCUAUAAGGCCCUCCAUCUUACCACUGCCCUCAGAUCUACUCUUCUUUUAAGCAAUAUGUGUAGAUAGAGCAUGACAGAAAUUAUUUAUUGUAUCACACAGUUGUACAUACCAGUAUGCUAAAAAGAAAUUUAUUUCUAGUCUGUUUAUUUGUAUGUUGUAAGCGUUUCCUAAUCUGUGUAUAUCUAGAUGUUUUUAAUAAGAUGUUCUAUUUUAAAUUAUGUAAAUCGACUGAUAUAGGAGAGCUGAUAAUAUAUUAUAGGGUAAUUAUUGUAUUGUUUGCAUUCCAGCAAAAAUUCCAACUUGUAAGGCACUAGUAGUGUUACACUGACAUCUUAAAGGACAACUUAAAUCUGAGCGUUCAAGUGAACCAUUAAAAUAUCAAGCUAUGCUCACACGGUGCUCCUUGAAGGGGCAAAUCCUAUUGAUAGACUAUCCUCGUGGGCAACUUAGCAUGAUCUGAGGAGCUCCAUGGCUGACCUCAAGGAAGCGUAGCCAAAAGCCAAUACACUUUUUUCCCCUGUAUAUAUAUUUAUAUACAAACUGAAAGCAUGGCUUUAUACUUAGCAGUUGAGUGGUUCAAUUCCUUGCAGGGGAAAGGAGCAUGACUGAUUUCACAUGGAACAUAUAAAUUUGGGGGGAGGGGACUGUUAAUCACGGUGGUGAUGGGGGAUGCAGUAGUAGCAAAGCCCUACCCCUAACCAUGGCAAUCACAUACCUAAAACCCAGUAGCUCUCCGUUACCACCUUUAUAUAAAAUUUGCAUACUGUGAAUCCCAUUUGUGAUUCUACAUUCUCUAAUUCUAAUGAGUUUGCACAUUAGACUUUGUAAUGAAAUAUUUUAUUAUACUAAGCCAGAUGAGAAGGAAUGCAGAAUAUUUUUUAAAACAAAAAUCACAGCCGUGUGUGUUUAUUAUACAAAAGUAGUUUCAUGGUGACAAGACAGUAUUGUAAACUCCCAUCAAAAGAUUAUAAAAAUUUAGCCAUAUUUCUGAAUGCACUUCAAAGCAAGCCAAAAGAUAACAGCUAGUGACCUUUUAUAUACUAUUUAUACUUAAUAAGUUUUAAUUUGUCCUUUAAAAAAAGUGAAACAAAACAAAGAACAAGUUCUAGCAAACUGAAGCAACCUCUUAUGUACACUAGAUGCUCGUUUCAGGAGGAGUUUUUAAAUGUUUUCAAUGUUACUAUGUAGUAAAUGGCACUAUUAUGAAGCUAUUAGUCAUUCCAUAAGCGUCUUAAAAGACUGCUCUGUGUAUCACUGUGAAUGCCGUGUGUGCUUAGAAACUGUAGUUCUCUCAGUGGAUAGCAAUCAAUUUAUUCUGUAGUGAUAUUGUAAAAAAAAAAAAAACUGCCAUUCCCUUCUACUGCACUGCCGAAGGAGUGCAUAGCACAAGCAGUUCUCAUAACUAUGGACCAAUUCAGAACUGAAGAGCUAUGCAUAGGACAAGGGCAUCAUACAGACUGGAUUGACCACACA